UUCUGCCAUUCUUCAUUCUAUUUUGCCUGAUGACUCGUGCAUUUGGACCCUUUCCUCCAUCGCCAAUAUUUGCAUUUCUGCUUUCAUUCCACCUCAAACCUGUUUUUUCUUUUCCUUCCUGACCUCCUUACUUCUCUCUGCCUUCCGUUCCUCUGAUCUGCAUCGUUGCAGGCUUUAUUGCGGCUUUACUGUGCAAUACUACUUUAGCAUUUUUCCCUUGCCAUUUUGUCUUGAUACUUAUUUAAAGGUAAAGCAACGACACUGUCCGUUGUGAAAGUCUGCUGUUGACAUGCAGCGCGUCAACGAACCUCAUCCGCUGUUCGGAGGCGCCCUUUCGGCCAUCCUCCCUCACGGCGCCGUGGACGUGAGCAAGAUGCGAGAGAUUCCGGACAACCAGGAGGCGUUCGUCCACAACCGAACCGAUCAAAGUCUCAUCGUGGAGCUGGUCGAGUACCAAGACCACGUGUCGGACCAGGACGCGGCUCGGUACCACUUUGAGGACAUCGCGGGUAACAACGCCGCCACUCAGCCUGGCGCGCAAGAGGUGACGGAGGUGGUCGCCUUGCCCAAGUCGUCAGUGUCUCUGUCGGCGUGCAGCUCCGCCUGGGCGCUGACAGGCACCCAAUACGUGUCCAAGUACAACGAGACGGCGAGGAACCUCGUGAGGCUUCACCUCGGCGUGUUCCGCCUGCCUCAGUUCGGCACCGACGUACUGGUAACGUUCAACGACCCGCAAAGCAUCUGCCCCGCCAGUAGUAGCAGUCCUGCGGCUGUGGGACCUGACGCCGAGCCGUGGACUGUGGAGGACUUCCAGCACCUGUUGCAGUCCCUGACACUGCAUAACCCAGGACUGUUUGGCUAAAACGCUGGGGUAAGGAGACCUAUGGACAGUUGGACAUGAACGGACCGCGAGAGAAUUUGAACCUUUAAGGCAUGGAUUAGCAAAAGGAAAUCAACCAAUAACUCUUUUUUUCCCUCCAAGUUUAUUUGUUUGCUUUUUCGGCUAAAUAAAUGCACCAAAGUCAACCACCAUCUGUUCCGUUAUGCCAGUUGACUUCCAAUUGAUCUUUUAAAAGACAAUUUCUGACGUUUAGGAAAUGCUGUCCUGUGGUACUUUGUUUUGUGUGUGCCAGAAUUUGAGUUUUUGGUUGAUUUGCGUGUGUUUCGUGAGCCAAAAUCUGAGUCAUCAGUGAUAUUCAGAUAUAUAAAUAUGGCAAUUUACAGUACCAUAAUGCCCUCAGCCGAGACUUCACUUUGCUCACGAACUCCACAAAUAUCAAGUUGGAAGGUUCCCAUCACUUUGGAAGGGGAAAAAAAAGUUUUUUUCCCCUAACCGUCCCUCCCAUUCUGUUCAACACAUUUCUGGAAAGUUAUUAAUACACUGCUUUUGAAACGUAAGAUGACCGUCAGCCAUUUGGUAUGCGGCACAAAGCUCUCUUCUAUACUCUUGUGGUUUGUUGUUAUUCUUCAUAAGAAUGUCUGGAGGUUUUCAUGCGUGUCAGGUGCACUCUCUCGUCUAUCCCUCUGGAACUCACAUCAAAACUUUCUCGUCUUAAAAAAUAACUGCAGAUUGAGACGAUUAACUCACACAGCCCUUUUUUGGUCACACAUUUUCAGGGCAUAAAAGAUCCAAGAUCCUAACCUAGCAACAGUUUUGAAGCAAACAACAAAAUUACCACACACUGUAUUUUUCCCCCCAGAACAAAGGGCCCUCUUUCCUAAAAAAUACCAUUUAAGGAUGGCUCAAAUCUGCUGAACAAGAAACAUACGUUCAGUGCAAAAAAAUCAUGUUGUAUUCCCCCCUUGCCACGCCCC